GAUUAGUUGCGAUCACUCCACCCAUGGGAGGCUAAUGCUCCCGGAUUGCCAACUCAUUGUUUCCAUUGUAGGGGAGAGUGACGGCGAUAGCGAGCGGCCCGGCCCGGACUCGGGACGGGGCGAGUACCGGGUGAAAGACCCAGUUUGUUCCUUUGUUGUUGCAUAUGUUUGUUUUCUGAGGGGUCAUUCGGAGUCAAUUUUUCUCCUCAAUCUUUUCCAGACCGCUUCCUGCCGCUGGCGCUGUCGUCGGACUUCGCGUCCAGAGGGGCGGUGGCCGACGUGGUGGUGGACAAGGCCGCCGCGGAGUCGCCGCCGCGGCCCCGGGACCUGCCCGACGACCCGUCCAUCCACGUGCGGCCCGCCCUGGACGACACCUGCUACUCCAGCAACCAGGUGCUCAUCAUCAUUGCCAUGACGUGCAUGCUGUCGCUGGGCUUCAUCGCGCUGGUCAUGGGCUGCGUCCACUGCUGCACCGCCAACGUCAAGGCCAAGGAGUACGAGACCUUCGACACGCCGUUCUUACAGCUGGACCACUGCGACCUGGGCUUGGGCCCCCGCAGCCCCCGCAGCCCGCGCGGCCCCCGCAGCCCCCGCACCACGCGGCACAAGGCCGACGCCGGCUGGUCCGUGCUGCGGAAGCUGCACCCCACGCCCGAUGCUGACAACGGCAAUGAGUCCGAGGAAGAACUGCUGUUCCACGCCCCCUCGGGGCCCGUGGACUCGCCCUCACUGAUCUCCCUGCACUCCCUGCAGUCGGCCAGGGAGCGAGGAUCGUCGAUGUCCAUGGAGGACCUCCUGCUGCUGGGCCGGUGCCGAUAGACCCGCGUCCUGGCGGACCUGCUGACAGUCCGGGGGGUCCAGGACGUCCCGGAAGCCCUGGCCGUUCUGGGAGUCCAGGAAGUUCUAGGAGUCCUGAAAAAGUCACGGUGGUCCUGGAAGUUCUGGAAGUCCAGGGUAAGUCCUGGCAAGAGGACACGCAGCGCUGCCCAGGACCGGCCGAGGGACCGGCCGAGGGACCGGCCGAGGGACCGGCCGAGGGACCGG